CCUAUAGGGACAUCAGAAAUGGAAUGUGUGUGUGUUAUUUUCAUAAAUCAAGAUCAAAGUCCCUUUCUUACUCCAUUGUUACUUAAGACAUUGAAAAUCAGUUUAAAUGUGUUUAAUUACCUCUUGUCAAUUAAGUUGAAAGAAGGCACUGAAAUUUGGUUGUCUGUCACUGCAUAGUUCUAUCUGUCUGUCUUUCUGGCUGUCUUAUCUCUUACAAUUUUCAGUCUUUUACAACAAAAUACACACACAUACAGACACACACAUGGUGUGAAUGUGUGUGUAUCAAGUUAAAAUAUACCAUGGAAAUUUCCCCUCUUAUGAUACAGUGAAAGGGAGGGCAGGUUCACCUUCAUUGAUAGUUGUAGUUUGAUUUCACUGUAUAUGAUAUGUUUUUGUUUUUAUUUAUUAUUUUUCUUUUAUGCUAGAAAUGGUGAAUCUGUAGAAGGAUCAACACACAAACAGGUUGUAGACCUUAUCAAAUCAGGAGGAGAUUCAUUAACAUUGACAGUUAUUUCAGUCCCAGAGCAGGUAGCAGAAAAAUUGGAACCAAGCGAUGAAUCCUCAGGACAUUCUCUGAUCGACUACUCAGAAAAACGAUCACUUCCAAUAUCAAUUCCUGAUUAUAACUACUCAGAAAGUAAUGGAGAAAGAUAUGUGGCAUACAAUUUGUAUAUGGCUGGCAGACAACUUUGCUCAAGAAGGUAUAAAGAAUUUGCAAAUCUUCAUAAUAGACUCAAAAGAGAGUUCCCCGAUUUUAAUUUCCCCAAAAUGCCGGGCAAAUGGCCGCUGAAGCUUUCUGAACAACAGCUAGAUGCUAGGAGAAGAGGACUGGAGCAAUAUGUUGAAAAAGUCACGGCAGUCCGUGUUAUAGGUGAAAGUGAUAUUAUGCAAGAAUUUUUGGCCCCUGACAGUGAGCAGGAUGGCAGUACUGCAGAUGAAGUGGAACUUAAGGUGCUAUUACCAGACAGGAAAGUCUUAACAGUUGCAAUCAAGAGAAGCAGUGUCACUGAUGAAGUUUAUGAGGCAGUGGUUCGGAAACUAGGAAUGACAGAUGAAACCGCAAAGUAUUUCUAUUUAUUUGAAAUAUUGGAUGACACAUUUGACCGAAAGCUGCUGUACAGUGAUUUCCCCCACAGUUUGUAUAUACAGAACUACAGUACAGCAGAAGCCACCUGCAUUGCGUUAAAAAAAUGGGUGUUUACUCUCUCAAGGGAGUUGAGUCUUAGUCAUGAUGAGAUGGCAGUGAAUUUCUUUUUUCAUCAGGCACAUGAAGAAGUCAGCAGGGGCACUAUCAAAUCAAAAGAUAAACUUUAUGAACUCAAGGCCUUACACCAAGCGAAUAAACAGCAGGAGUAUUUGAAGAUUGUCCGUCACCUGGAUGGCUAUGGUGAAGUUGUGUUCCCCCACUGUCCUUGUGAUGCUAAAAAGGAAGGACAUGUCAUAGUCAGAUUUUCAUUGGAAAACCUGAAGUUACAAGCUUGUCAAGAAGAUGGAUCACCAGAGACUCAAGUCAUUGAAUUUCCAUGGAGCUGCAUAAAACAGCAUGAGUUUGAUGAAGAAGGAAUGACAUGCAAUUUUUAUUAUGAGAGAGAGGGCAAAAAGGCACGAUGGGUGCGAAUUCAAUCUCCACAUGCCAUGUAUAUGUAUGAGUGCUUUGAGAGGAUUUUCACAGAACUAGAAUGGAAUGACACUGAGAAGUUCUAAUGGUUGGAUAGAAUGAGAACUCUGCUGGAACACAGAGGGACAUGCUAUCAGAUAUCCAUUGAGAAUAGAGCAUGGAAGAAAUCAAACCGAUCCACUAAAUACUUUUGUUGUUAUACAAAAAUAUAUGCCAAAUUGUUCUAAAAUUUAUUUAAUAACUAAAAUGUUGUUUUUUCACAAAAUGUACUGGGUAUUACAUAUUUGUGUUUUGUCAUAAACAUGUACAUGUAUAUGCACUCAAUUUUGUACAACUAUAGUCUGUACGUUCUGCAGGAUGGAAAUUAAUUCAGUCAAUGAAAAAUUUUUUCCCACAAAUCUGAAAUCCAGCAAAUGAGAAUAUUUGUUGCCCUAUUCACAAUUGUUGUACAUUUGACAGGACUGUGAUUCGAUAUUAAAUAUUCAAUACCACAAGAUUUUGGUAUUGUCCUGGAACUUUUUGAAAUGUCUGGGAAUAUGUAGAAAAUGUUGCCCUGACCAAAACAGAUUUGCAGGUUCACUUGGUAAUUUUUCCAUAUUGGCCCUGAUGCCGGUCUUGAAGUUAUAAUUAUUGUAAUAUUAGUUACACACAUAUUUUUUUGUCUUUAAGGGAUUGAGUUAUAAAGUGCAUCAGUCUAAUCAAUAUGGUUUACAAAUUCUGUCAAAUCGAAUAUAUGGUGGUACACCUAUGAAGUCCUAUAUGCUGCGACAAGAUAUAUAUUCGCUGCUGAUAAGUAAAAUUUGCUCUUUACAUAUUUUACAAUCAAAUAUUUAACAAACAUUUAACAGAAAAUGAAAAAAAUUGUCUUUGUGACAAAUGGUUUGGUGAAUAAAAUGAUCAUUAUGUACAGUGCUGUGUCAGGAUACUUUUCUUGUAAUUCUAUUACAAGAAAUUAUUGUAAGAAAGGUAAUUGUAUGUACUUCAUUGCCCUGAUGUAGUACACUAGGAUAAAGGCACACAAGCAGUAGACCUUUAAAGCAAAAAAAAAAUAAAUAAAUAAAAUUAUAUAUAUAUACACACACACACACACACACUUUUCCAGAAAAUUUCAUAGCUUUUCCCCUUACCACCAAGGUAUGACAUAUUGCCAAAACUAUUAUCUAUCAGCUGAUACUCUUUAAAAAAAAUUGUAGCCACUCCUGCAUUGGAGAUGGGGAUUGGUCGGUAAGUAUAGAAUUUUAAAGCUUGAAACGGAGUUCAUAGACCAUAAUUUUCUCAGUGGUCUUGGAUAGAAUAGACUGCUGAUAAGGGGAAAAUUGCUGGAAUUUUAAAGAAAACUAAUUCCAUGCUAUGUAAAGGUCUAUCUUGCAUUGUUAGCCUUUAAGAUGUUAAUAACCAUAUCAGACUCUUUCCAAAAAGUGAUGGUGCAUGUCAGUUAAUACAAUAUAUUGUACAGAAAACAUUACUUAUACAUUCUUUAAACUGGCAUUGCCUAAAUGCAAGUUAUAUGCAUAUUAUUUAGCCCAUUGUUUAACAUUGUUUUGUUUUAGGUUUAAAAAAUAAAAAAGUGGUGUAAUGAUAUGUGAAAUUAUUUACAUUAUAUGUUGUUCAGAAAUCCACUUAGACAAAUUUUAAGGAAAGACCUCUUUAUUGAUAUCAGUGAAAUAUUAAUUGCCAAACAUUUUGAUAGGCUGGAAGUGCAAAUAUAUCAAGUUGCUUUUGCUCACUUCUCAGUAUAUAAGCUGCAACUGAAAGUGUUUACAAAAUGAUACACAAAGAAAGACCAACUCCUUCAUUAUCUGAUAUUAGAAAACCAGACAGACAAAUGACCAUAGCUUAUUGUAUUGGAGCUGUAUCAUAGUAAGGUUUGUAUAUUUUGAUCUACUCUGCUAUGCCAGGUGCAUGUUUAUAUAUUAUACAUUGUAUUUCCUAAGCUACAUGAAAGUUUCAAGCAAUAAAUGGUAUCCCUAAGACAAUCAA